GUGAGCAGGGGCUAUAAAUCCCACGGGUGAGCUCUCCAGCCACCCUUUGGGGAAAGGCAAACGGCUGUGGGGAGCACUUGGGACCUGCCUUCAGUGAACCAUGGGGCUCAGCGAUCAGGAAUGGCAGCAGGUCCUGACCAUCUGGGGAAAGGUGGAGUCCGACCUCGCCGGCCAUGGCCAUGAAGUUUUAAUGAGGCUCUUUCAGGACCACCCUGAGACCUUGGAUCGUUUUGAAAAGUUCAAAGGCCUGAAGACCCCUGAUCAGAUGAAGGGCUCUGAAGAUCUGAAGAAACAUGGAGUUACUGUCCUUACCCAGCUGGGCAAAAUCCUGAAGCAGAAGGGUAACCAUGAGUCGGAGUUGAAGCCCCUGGCUCAAACCCAUGCCACCAAGCACAAAAUUCCUGUCAAAUAUCUAGAGUUCAUUUCUGAAGUCAUUAUCAAGGUCAUUGCUGAAAAACAUGCCGCAGACUUUGGGGCUGAUUCCCAGGCUGCGAUGAAGAAGGCCCUGGAGCUGUUCCGAAAUGAUAUGGCCAGCAAGUACAAGGAGUUCGGUUUCCAGGGUUAGCACAUACGCACAGAGGGACACCACGAUGGAGGCCUGGCCAUGCAUCUUAGAGUAGCUUCCCCAGCACUGUUUUGGACAUCUCACAAUUGGCCAUCCAAGAUGUGUGGGAAAGCUUUGAUGAGAGGCCAAGAGUUGCUCCAGGCAGUGUAGAGGCACUCAGAGUGAUACCCGUGAUAAACCAUUGUUUCCUGGCUUUAUGUAUACAAGAGAAAUAAUCUGCUUUCUUAGGAAAAAUAGUGUAAGAGGUUAUCUGUGAGCUUCUGCCUAUCCCUAUCCCCUUUUUCUUUCCCUCUCCCCCCAACCCCAGCCUUAUCCAAGAGGGGAAUGGCAUGGCCAGAGAUGAAGGGAUGUGGACGAACAAGGGAAGUGUUGAGGAGUGUGGUGAAUGAGAGGGUGAAGGGAUGACGCAAAUGGUAUGAAAGGGAUGUCAGGAUGGGAAGCAGAGGCACAGUGUCCCAUUCCUCCCACAGGUGAGACUGAUAGGAGGUUACUGUGGACAGCUUCCAGCACAGUAUUACCUUGCUUUGUGGGGGUGAAUGCAGCCAGUUGGUCUCCAGGGUCUGUCAGCUUGGAAACUUGCACUAUUUGCUAAACUCAUGUUAGCAAAACUCUAAAGAGCAGUACUCCCUGCAAUCUGUAGGUUUCUGGCAGCCACCGCUACGCGUCCAAAGUUCUGUUGCACUGGGAAGUAAAGUAUGUGUUUCUCAGAAAAUAAAAAUUCCUGCACCAGU